AUGUCAUUGGUCAUUGUUAAAACAUCAGCCAUCGCGAUCUAUUCAAAUAAGUCAUCACCAAACGUAUUUCCAAUCAACACAAACGGCAACAACAACAAACCACAAUUAAGUGAUUUAUCACAUUUUCAAGCAACAACCAGUGAAUUCAUUACCACUGUACCGCAAACAUCGGCACUAAGCGCUACGAACUUCAACUACAAUCGAGGAGGAUCAGAGCAUAAAGCCAAUAACACCGUAACCAACCACAUCAUUCGGACGAAUAUAAUUGUAGGAGGAUCACGAGAUUUUGAAGAGCCACACGAUAAAAUGCGUGCUAAAUUGCAGCAAUUAUUGCAGCGUGAAAAAUACGAUGAUGAUGAGGAGAAAAGACAAUUACAACAAGAUCAUCAUCAGCAGCAACAACAACAGCAACAGCAUUUAAGCGUGCAAGAAGAGCUACAACAACAACAAUUUCAACAUGCAAUAUCGGCUGGUGAAAAUGCAUAUUUACUGGAGCGUAUUGAUGCUAAUAGUGGUGGUGGCGCUGGUGGUGCUACCCAUGAGCAACCCAUUUAUGGAACAUGGAGCACGAAAGCGAAACGACCGCUGCCGCCAACAAAGACUGGUGCGGCCAAUUCAACACCCGCUGCUACCUCAUCGAUGCAAACCCUAAUUGGUGAAGUGGAGGAGCAUUUCCAUGAAAAUCAUAACUAUGGACCGGCUCAUCAUUACGAACGUUUGCCUAGACGUUCAUCGACCAUGACACCUGUCAGAAGGGAUCUACACGACCAAAUACCGCGACCACCAAGGUUAACAUCGCGCCAACCAUCGUUAGCCAAUCGAAGGCAAUUCACCGAUACACCACAACCGAAUGGAAGGGAUGAGGCACACACCCAACCAAUACCAUUCCAUUUCCCCUACGAUGGACCAUUACCGGAGGAAUUUAAGAAAUCGAAACAAAGUGAGCGAACCAGUGUGGCGCCCUACGAUGAGGUCAAUAAUAUUCAGGAUAUUUUACAAAAGUUAACUCUGGGAGGUUUGGCCAGCACCAAAAUGCCAGCACUGAUGAUGAUGCCUUCGGGUUUGCAUAUUUCUGGUUCGUAUAAAAACCUUAAAUCCAGUGGUAUUGCGAAUUUCUUUCGCGGAAAACGCCACAAGAAACAAAUUCAAUUUCCACAACCCAUGCCGAUGUUCAAUGGCUAUCAGGCACCCAUGAUGGGAUUUAUGCCACAGGCGGCCUAUCAGUCGCGCAUAGCUUUGGAGCAAAUCUAUCCCUUUAAGCCGCGUUCGCCCAACGACAUAAAUCUCUUGGCCAUGCAGCAGCAACAACAACAGCAGCUAAAAGCCCAGGCCCAAAUAAAGAACAGCAAGAAGGCGAAGAAAAAUAAAAAACCCAAAGACAAGGAUAAGAAAAAUCUCUUGGCUAGUUCAAAUGUAUUUAUGCAACACUAUCCAUAUGGCACAGGAGCUCCAGAAAUGUUUUAUCCCACCAUGUAUCCACCAUUAAUGGCGAUAAAUGUAACACAGGCACCACCUGCAAUAGGAAAACGUGUACCCUUCAAGCUAAAUUUGGAUAUUUUCCCUAUUUUACCACCUUCUAGGAAUCCAAAGGCCGUAUCGACCUUAGCCAUGGAAGAGGCACGUAUAGUUUCAACGAUGCGACCAGCUUCCAUGCUGCGUAAUCCUUUUAUGGAAUACUAUUCCACACCGAUAACACCAACCGUAUCGUCCCUUGGUUUUUAUAAUCCAUAUGGGCAACAGAAACCCCAUAACCACAUACGUUUUCCCGGAGCCGUCCAAAGUGCUCAGAGCAAUAAUAUGCAGUUUAAUGGUGGCCAUGGUCAUCAAACCCCAUUCUUACCCAUUGAUUGUGACCCGUCAAUGUUACCAGCAGGUGCGCCUUCGACCAAUUCCCUUAGCAGUCCCAUAAUGUUGCACCUGAAUGUCUUCCCCAAAAAGAAAGCAAUACCAUCGCCUUCCUCCCCGCUAACACCAUCAUCUACCAAUCCUUUCUACAAUAAUGCCAACGCCAACAGCAACAACAACCUCAAUUUACAUCGUUCCACAAUACACGAAGAAAAUGAAGGUGAAUCAUUGAGUCACGCAAUAGAGCCACGCCACCAACCCAAGUCACUGAACAUUAGCUCCCAAACGUCGAUAGAACGCAGUGAUACCACCAACAGUGAUCAACAACGUGAUCUGGUUGAUUUCGAACAUCCAAUUGUGGCGGCAAAUGAUAUCUCCGAAUUACCAACCCCGGCAGCAUUGAUGGGUGACAACAGUCAACACCAGUCGACUGAAACGUCAUCAUCCUUUCAUGCGAUAUCGUUCUAUGAUCACAACAACAGCGCAAAUAAUACCAAUGCUGCAGUUAGUGUGGCAAACAGCAACUACAACCACAACUCCAACACUUACACCAACAGCAAUACUAACACAAACAACAUGGAGCAAAUGGUGUCAGAGGCUAAAACUGCUUCCCUAUUUCGUUUUCCAGUUGAGGACCUGAUACAGUUUCAGGUCCACGAUGCUAUGUAG